CAAUUUGCAAUAGAGAAUCCUUCUUAUGAAUGGGAAAAAUUGACUAUGUACUACGUUUUGUCAUAGUACUACAUUUCCACAGCAUAAAGCAUAAGACGGUCUAGAAAAUUUCCACAGCAUUGUUUCCAUAUGCAAGAAGAAAAUUAGAUAGUCAGGAAUGGGGUGGUUCAAAAAUUUCAUCCAUGCAUUUCUUGUUGGUCUUCUUUGUAUACAUCUAGUUCAUGCCCAAGAUCAAUCAGGCUUCAUAAGCAUUGAUUGUGGGUUAACACCGAAUUCCAGCUAUUCGGAGGCGACAACAAGUAUUAAUUACAUUUCAGACGCAGCAUUCAUAGACACUGGUAUAAGUCAGAAGAUAUCAACUGAAUUCAAAGAUAGCAAUCUACAGCAAACAUGGAAUCUGAGAAGCUUUCCUCAAGGAAUCCGGAACUGUUACAGCAUAAACAUUGCGCUAGGCAUUAAAUAUUUGAUCCGAGCAACCUUCUUGUAUGGGAAUUAUGAUGGACAAAGUAAGUUACCAAAAUUCGAUUUGCAUCUUGGACCGAAUAUGUGGGAUACUGUCAAAAUACAGGAUGCAUCUUCUACUGUCUACAAGGAGCUCAUACAUGUCCCAUCUCAAAAUUAUUUACAAGUCUGUCUUGUAAAAACGGGCCACGAAACACCAUUUAUAUCAGCAAUAGAGUUGAGGCCAUUGAACAAUGAUACGUAUGUAAGCAACUCGACAUUGGCACUCUUUGUUAGAGUGGAUAUUGGUUCAGUAAUUAAUGCUCAACACAGGUACCCGGCUGACAUUUAUGAUCGCAUAUGGUCUCCCUACAAUUACAAUCAAUGGAAUAGUUUAAGUACCUCGGCUACCAAUGUCUCCAAUGCUCACAAUAAUUACCAGCCACCAUCUGUUGUUAUGAGUACUGCUGCUACACCAACAAAUAAUAGCCUUCCCUUGGACUUCUACUGGGUGCCAGAUGACCCAAUUUCCCAAUAUUAUAUCUACAUGCACUUUGCUGAACUUGUAAUUCUAAAUGCCAACCAGUUAAGAUCAUUCGCUAUUACUAUAAACGGGGAAAUCUGGUUGCCAUCUUUGGUUCCUCAGUACUUAAGUACAAGUACUGUGUAUAGCCCAUCGGUCUUGCCGGGAAAAUAUCAAUUUUCAAUCUUUAAAACUAAUAGUUCAACACUUCCACCCAUCAUCAAUGCACUUGAGAUAUAUUCAGUAAAAGAUCUCUCACUGUCAGCUACUAACCAAGAAGAUGUUGGUGCCAUUACAAAGAUCAAGUCAACUUACGGAGUAAAGAGAAAUUGGCAAGGAGAUCCGUGUGCCCCACGGGAAUACUCAUGGGAAGGAUUAAAUUGUGAUGGUUAUAAUCCCCCUAGAAUAAUAUCCUUGAACUUGUCCUCAAGUGGAUUGACUGGAGAGAUUUCUGCUGACAUAUCAAAUCUUGUAAUGUUACAAUAUUUGGAUCUAUCAAGCAAUAGCCUAACUGGACCGGUGCCUGAUUUUCUAUCUCAAUUGCAAUAUUUAAGGGUUCUGAACUUGGAACGAAACCAACUUAUUGGUUCAAUUCCAGCUAAACUCAUGGAAAGAUCAAAGAAUGGUUCACUGUCAUUAAGUUUGGGUGAAAAUUCCAAUCUUUGUGGAUCCGAUACAUGCGAAAAGAAGAACAAUAUUGUCAUUCCAAUUGUGGGAUCAGUUGGGGGUUUGUUUAUCCUGUCAUUGACUGUUGCGGCUAUCUUGUGGGGGCUCAGAAAGAGAAAGCAACAAGACAAGACUAAAGGUGCUAAUCCCAAGUCAUUUGAAUCAAUUCAACAACAAUUUAAGUACUCCGAUGUCCUAAAUAUUACCAACAACUUUACGAGAAUUCUUGGUAAGGGUGGAUUUGGAAAAGUUUACCAUGGCUACAUUGGCCAUACUCAAGUAGCGGUGAAGAUGCUUUCUCCAUCAUCAGUGCAAGGGUACCAGGAAUUUGAAGCAGAGAUGAAACUUCUUAUGAGAGUUCAUCAUAGAAACUUGACUGUCCUUGUUGGCUAUUGCUACGAAGAAACAUACAUGGGACUCAUCUAUGAGUACAUGGUUAAUGGAGACUUAGAAACACAUCUUUCAGGUAAGAAUACAAAUAUCUUAAGUUGGGAAGCGAGACUUCAAAUAGCAAUGGACGCAGCACAGGGAUUGGAGUAUUUGCACUACGGUUGUAAACCGCCCAUAAUUCACAGAGAUGUGAAGACUACAAACAUCUUGUUGAAUGAAAAUUUACAUGCUAAAUUAGCUGAUUUUGGUCUAUCCAAGAUUUUUCCAACUGAUGGCGACACUCAUGUGUCAACACUUACUGUUGCUGGCACCCCUGGAUAUGUGGAUCCCGAGUACUCCAGUUCAUAUAGAUUGACGGAAAAAAGUGAUGUGUAUAGUUUUGGUGUUGUUCUUUUGAAGAUAAUCACAUGUCGACCUGUAAUAGAAAAAUUCGCAGAUGAAAAUAUUCACAUAAGUCAAUGGGUAAGUUUCAUGCUUGCUCGAGGGGAUAUCACAAAUAUUGUUGAUCCCAGGUUGCAGGGUGCUUUCAACAUGAACUCUGCUUGGAAAGCGGUUGAAAUAGCAAUGCUUUGUGUGUCUUCCACUUCCACUAGAAGACCAACCAUGAGUCAAGUAGUGGCAGAACUAAAGGAGUGUCUGACAACGGAAUUUGCUCAAAAGGAGGGCUACGACGGCGAAUCAAAUUAUACAAUUGAAAUGAACAAUAUGAAUCUGGAUACUGAAAUCAAUCCUGUAGCACGGUAAAUAGUCAUCCACAAAUGAAAUUGGUGCAUGUACUAUAACUUAACUUUUUUGCUUUUAACUUAUUUCAAUGCAUAUUAUACUUCAAUUAUUCGCAUUA